UUUAGAGGCGGCGCCAGGGCGGCCGCGGAGAAACGUGACACACCAGCCCGCUCGGAGGGGUUUCGGACUGAAGGGAAGGAGCUGCGCCGCGUCCUCAGCCUCCCGCGCGCCGCGGCCACUUCUCCGGCCUCCCCAACUCCCCCGAGACCGCCGCGCGCCCGCCGGCCGCCCUUCCCGCCCCGGGCUCCGGACAACUUCAGGGGUGGGGUGGAAAGAAAGUUUGCGGCGCCUGCUGACGGCCUCCCGCCUCUCGGCCUAGGAGGCUCGCCGCGCGCACCCGCCCGCUCGGCCUUGCCAGGGACGCGUCCUGCCCGAGACCGCCACCAUGAACAAGCUGUACAUCGGCAACCUCAACGAGAGCGUGACCCCCGCGGACUUGGAGAAAGUGUUCGCGGAGCACAAGAUCUCCUACAGCGGCCAGUUCCUGGUCAAGUCCGGCUACGCCUUCGUGGACUGCCCCGACGAGCACUGGGCGAUGAAGGCCAUCGAAACUUUCUCCGGGAAAGUGGAAUUGCAAGGAAAACGCCUAGAGAUUGAACACUCGGUCCCCAAAAAACAAAGGAGUCGGAAAAUUCAGAUUCGAAAUAUUCCACCACAGCUUCGAUGGGAAGUACUGGACAGCCUGCUUGCUCAGUAUGGUACAGUAGAGAACUGCGAGCAAGUGAACACGGAAAGCGAGACUGCAGUGGUGAAUGUGACCUAUUCCAACAGGGAACAGACCAGGCAAGCCAUCAUGAAGCUGAACGGUCAUCAGCUAGAGAACCAUGCCUUGAAGGUCUCCUACAUUCCCGACGAGCAGAUAGCACAGGGGCCUGAGAAUGGACGCCGAGGAGGCUUUGGCUCUCGGGGUCAGCCCCGCCAGGGCUCACCCGUGGCAGCGGGGGCCCCAGCCAAGCAGCAGCAAGUGGACAUUCCUCUACGGCUCCUUGUGCCCACACAGUAUGUGGGCGCCAUCAUUGGCAAGGAGGGCGCCACCAUCCGCAACAUCACAAAACAGACCCAGUCCAAGAUAGAUGUGCACAGGAAGGAGAAUGCCGGUGCGGCCGAGAAGGCCAUCAGUGUCCAUUCUACCCCCGAGGGCUGCUCUUCCGCCUGCAAGAUGAUCCUGGAGAUUAUGCAUAAGGAGGCAAAGGACACCAAAACGGCUGACGAGGUCCCCCUGAAGAUCCUGGCCCACAAUAACUUUGUGGGGCGUCUCAUUGGCAAGGAAGGACGCAACUUGAAGAAGGUGGAGCAGGACACUGAGACGAAAAUCACCAUCUCCUCGCUACAGGACCUCACUCUCUACAACCCCGAGAGGACCAUCACUGUGAAGGGGGCCAUCGAAAACUGCUGCAGGGCUGAGCAGGAGAUCAUGAAGAAAGUUCGUGAAGCCUAUGAGAAUGACGUGGCUGCCAUGAGUCUGCAGUCUCAUCUCAUCCCUGGCCUGAAUUUGGCCGCAGUGGGCCUUUUCCCAGCCUCAUCCAGUGCAGUCCCGCCGCCUCCCAGCAGCGUCACGGGAGCUGCUCCCUACAGCUCCUUUAUGCAGGCUCCGGAGCAGGAGAUGGUGCAGGUCUUCAUUCCUGCCCAGGCGGUGGGUGCCAUUAUCGGCAAGAAGGGGCAGCACAUCAAACAGCUCUCCCGUUUCGCCAGUGCCUCCAUCAAGAUCGCUCCCCCAGAAACUCCUGAUUCCAAAGUUCGUAUGGUCAUCAUCACUGGACCCCCAGAAGCCCAAUUCAAGGCACAGGGAAGAAUUUAUGGAAAGCUCAAGGAGGAGAAUUUCUUUGGACCUAAGGAAGAAGUGAAGCUAGAGACCCAUAUCCGGGUACCAGCCUCAGCAGCUGGCCGGGUCAUUGGCAAAGGUGGCAAAACAGUGAAUGAGUUGCAGAAUUUGACAGCCGCUGAGGUGGUAGUGCCAAGAGACCAGACUCCUGAUGAGAACGACCAGGUCAUCGUCAAGAUCAUCGGGCAUUUCUAUGCCAGCCAGAUGGCUCAGAGGAAGAUCCGAGACAUCCUAGCUCAAGUCAAACAGCUGCACCAAAAGGGACAGAGUAACCAGGCCCAGGCGCGGAGGAAGUGACCGGCCCCUUCCCAUCGAGUUGAUUCAAGGACAACGGGCUGAAAUUGAGAGCGCGUUCUCCCCAGCAGGCCUGAGAAUGAGUGGGAAUCAGGGACGCGGGCCGAGAUGCAGAUCAGGUUUGCCCACUUGCUUGAGAAAGAUGUUCCAGUGAGGAACCCUGAUCUCUUGGCCUCAAACACCCAACCAAUUGGCUCAACACUGCCUCCCCCUCAGGGCAUCACCUUGGAAAUUCUAGCUCAGGGUGCUUUUAAACGUGGAUUGUUAAAAUAAGUGAGUUCUACAGGUCCCAUUGAGAGAGGGUGGGUCAGACCCCCAUUGGGAAGAGAAAUAAAAUUUCCUUCAGGUUUUUAAAACAUGCAGAAGGUGUUUUAAUCAGCCUCAAAGGAUGGUUUGCUUCUUGACCCUAAAUUUCUUCCAGCCUUCUAUUGGUUUAUUGGUUAAAUACCUUCAUUCUCUUGCCCCAACAUAACCUUUUCGUAGUCACACUAAUUAUUUUCUCUUUACUGUUAACCAGAAAAAGUGGGAACCAAUGCAUGGCUUUGCUUGAUAUUAACUCAAAGGGAGAAGACACAUCAGUAUUUGUAAUUCAAUUCCAAUCCCUCCCUCACCAACCAAUAGGACUAUCAAGAGUAAAGAAUAGGGAAGAAAUGGGGAGAUGAUUAAAAUUCUAGUAAUCCACGUUUAAAAGAAGUGCCCUCGUGGCUGAUCUGUCUCAGAUCACCAUUUGAAAAAUUGGCACGAGAAAUUUCCCCCACUCUGUUGGGGCUUUCCCACCAAGAUUCCCCUGCCUCCUUCACAUCCCUUGAACCAUGUAGGUCCCAUGUCAUGUUCAGGCGCACAUGGGUGGUACUGAAUGCUCAGCGGGAUAGGGGCUCACCACUGUACUGUCCCUGAUUCCCAUCAUUCUCAGGCAGAUUUUAUAUUUUUUUAAAGUCUAUUUUAAUGAUUGGAUAUGAGCACUGGGAAGGGGGCAUAACUCCCCUUGAUAAAGUCUCUGUUCCAUGGAGGACUUGAGUGGCCCCAAAGGCUGCCACUAUGCCCUCAACCCAGCCCAUGUGCUCCCCAAAGGGCUGGUUUCCCAGAGGCAGAGGUUGCGGGGCGCUCCCCCCCCACGGCACUGUUCCCUUGGUGGUGGUGGGAUGUGGAACCCAACCCUGAGCUCUCUGUAAAGCUGAAGCCCACCAUCUGGCAUUUAUUAUGAAUAUUCAGUAAAUUAGAGAGUAUAUGCGUCUAUGUGUAUCUAAAGGCAUAUUUAACUGAUGGCUUCUGCCUCCAUGAAUUAUUGGCAUGAUGAAAGGUGUGCCUAGAAAACAAAAUUCAAAAUACCAGCAAUAUUAUGCACAAAGGAGUACACUUAAUUUAUUAAUUUACCAGGCUCAACAAGUGCAGGCCUUGGGGAAGACGGUGGCCAUUAGUUAGAGGCUAGCCCUCCCCUCCUAACGCCCUGAUGGCCGAUGCAUAUUACCAGGUGGUGCACUUUAGCUCCCUUGGACAAUGCUAUCAAGUGUGCUGGGAAGGAAGGGAGGCCUCCCUGCAUGCAGAGGAGCCGGUGCUGAGCCCCUUCCUCCCAACAUUGCAACAACAACUAGAUAACCAUGACGUGUGGGCGGAGCCAGUCAGGUGAUGCUGUGCGCCAAGUAAACUACCUCAAGGUAUGAAGUUACCUCAGCAAUUACUUUCCUUUUGUUCCCCCCACCUUUUUUUUUUAAAAAAUCUUUUUUUUUUUCUUUGCGGCUUGCUGAUAUUUUAUAUAAAAAAGAAGAGAAGUAAGAGAAGCUGAUAGUCUUGAAUAUUUUAUUUUUUUAAUGAAAAGAAAAAAAUGAGAAAGUUAUGUUGCAUAAUUUCUUACAGCAUGAGCCAGUGUAACCCUUUAAAUGCUUUAUGGAGAACAGACCCCGUGGGACUGGGCUGGGAGGCUGGGGUGGAGAGGGAAGGUCCGAUUUUGAGAGAGCCUGGACAAGGCUCUGAGCUGAUUUUCAGAUUCCUGAGCCUCCCCUGAAAACUCCUGCCUAGGGGGAUUAGCAGGUCUAGGGCUGCUGAGGGUCCCCACGGCAAAACAAUUCUCUAACAACCAGCCAGGGGUCCCCCCCCCUCUGGUUAAAGGGCAUUCCACUCAGUUUCCCUCACCAGUGGUGCUGUUGAGAUAUUUAAAGUAUUGCCUCCGUUUUAUCGAGGAGAGAAAUAAUAACUUAAAAAUAUACCCUUAAAAAAAAAAAACUUUUCUUUCUCUGUCUAAAAAAUAUGGGAGCCAAGAUUCUGUUCGUGGAAGAGACAAAGCCACCUUCUCACCCUCAGAGAGUCCACCAAGUUUGGUACUGCAAUGCCUCUUUUUUUGAUUGUUUCCUUUCAGUUCUGUCUUGGUGUUCUUUUCGGUCUGUAUCAGCAGACCAGGGGCAAGAGGUCCUCAGCUGACCCGCCCCCCUCCUGUCUGCAGAUUGAUCUGAUGGAUUCUGAGAGUGGGCCCAAACUUAGGGAAUUAUUGGUUUAGGGUGGUGGGUGGCAAGGAGGGCCAGGGGAUAUGGGAGCAUGACUGAGGACAGAUGGACUCUUACCUGGUUCAUGUCUUAUCCCUUUCUUACCAUGAUGUUCCUUUGUGGCCCCAGAACUGUCUGCCCAAGAAAGGAGGAAGCAGGAAAGCUUUUAGGGGUCAUAUCAGGCCACUGUAAUUCAGCUUCCCACCUGAUCUCACCACAAAAAAAGGGUCUCCCAACUUCCAGCUCUGGCUCUAUAUGCUUUGUCCCUAAAUGAAGCAGGUAACAUUCAGACAUUGGCCAUUUAGUGAUUGAAUGAAGGUGAAUUUCCAGCAGCAAGCAUGCUUUGAAAACUGGUUCAAACUACCAUCAAAAAAACCCCACAGUACCUGAAAGGUGAUUGUUGCAGUGUUCGGUUUCCUUGGGAUCCUGCUCCUUUCACACCUUAAGCCCACAUCCUUUUCCUUUGGCUGAUGCAGCUCCCGAGGAGACCAGGAGGUGUGGUGAGGGAUUUUACUUGGAUUAGGCACGGCUCUUUCAUCCGAUGUGCCCAGCAGGAGAAUCGGGAGAGUUGUGCUAGCAGAGCGCAGAAGGAAUAUGGUUUGAUGGUUAAAGUUUAGCGGAGAAAAGGACCUGCCUUGGUGGGUCCGUCUUCGGCCGGAGGCUGGGUCGCUGGGCAGUUUCUUGCCCUCUGCUAGAUACCUCCAUUUCCCCAUCCUUGAUGAGAUGAGAAACUAAUGUCAAAAGCACUUGGGAGAUACGAAGUGAGAAAAGUGACGUUUCAGAAACCACAUCUGUGCUCUGAGAUGUGUGUGUGCUGCAUUUAUAUUUUUAAGAAAGGACCAUCUCUUAGGAUAUAUUUUUUAAUUCUGUGGAAAACAUAAAAAGCCAAAAUGGUUGAUUCACUGACUUUGAAGCUGCAUCUGACAGUUACACCCCAGUGGCUUUAAUCCCCUCUAGGGUCUGGUGGCCUUUUGCAGUUGGGGCUGUGGACUCAGCUCCUAUAAAGGGCUUCUGGGUAGGAGCGAGCCAUUAUUAGGAACAGGGAGUUUUUGUCACCCUCUGCUCUUCUCUCCUCCUCCGGUCCUUAUCAGUCUUCUCCUUUCCCUUAGCUCCACUCCUGGGGGAAGUUGGGAGCUAUUUUCUUAGAUAUGCCUCACCAAUGGCAGGAAAGGCCCCACGAAGAACCCAGAGAAAACUGGAGGAGAACCCUCCAGCUGGUUCUCUGCGGAUGUUUUCCUCUGUGCCAAAGACAGAGGAUGAGAGGCCGUUUUUCUGAAGCAAAGCAAUAGCCAUCUUUCUCCACACACUUGGGCUGUCUGAGAGGAGGCCCCUGGGGAAAGCGUGAGCUUAAAGACAAGUCCCCUUCCUUUCCAGGCUCCUGGGGGACUUGGGGUGUACUUGGCCAGGGGAUAGGGAGCUGAGAAAGGGGUCUGUUGGCUCCUGGUUGCACUUUGGGGAAGGAGGGGAAGUUUGGGGCUCCUCCCUGUGGGACUGGUCCCCUGCUCCCACUGCAGAGAUAGCGCGCGAGUUCCCUUCAGGCCUGGCAGACCGGCAGCGAGGAGGGGCCUCAGUUAACUCUCAAGGGUGCCUUCCCCUCCUCCCACCUCAGACAUACCCUCUGCCAAACCGGGAACCACAGUGCUGUGUAACUACCUCACAGAGCCCCGAGGGACUGCUGAGCUUCUGAGCUUGUAGGAAGCUGGCUCCUCUCGUCAACCCUUUCCUCCCUUCGCUCAUCCAGGGGUGGGGGUCUCCCUUCUCUCCCCUCCCCCCAGUGUUCAUGGGGAGAUCCUAGUGGCUUUGACAUUCGCACCGCGCAACUGUUUUACCUGUUUGUUGGGAGAAGGAAAAUAGCACAGCCUGACAUAGUAAUUGCAGAAAGAUGGAAGAAGAUUCCUCAUCAGUGCCGGGGGAUGGAAAGCCUUUCCCUUCCAGCAUGACUUAGAUGCAGAACAUUUCUCUUGUAUUCAGACUUAGAGUAACACCAGCUGAAUUCUUUCCUUUGGAUACGCAAGGCUUCUCUGUCGGUACAGGACUGGGAGGAGGCCUGAUAACCGAAGGUGUAUCUCGAGGGUGAGGGCCAGAGCCCGGCCUUGGCCCUCAGCCCUGUGCACCUCCUUGGGCACAGUUAGAUGGCGCCAUACCCGGCGCUUUGGUGUGGUUGAAUCCGGACUGACAAGACAAAAGAGGUUUUUUUUUUCUGAAAUGAAAUAGCAGGAAGCUCCUUGGGAGUAUGCAUUUUGAGUAACCACAGUGAUGGAUGCUACGAGUAUAGAUGGAUUAACUACCUCAGUCCUUACAGUAAGAUUGGAACCAAGGGCCCGGGACUCGUGCAUGCGGGUGUGAACCCGGCCAGGAGAAGUGAGUUGAGGCUUGUGCCACAGAAGGUUUGUCUUUGAGGAACAGGCAGGCCUGAUCCCCCACUCAUACUGAUUGGGUUGGGAGGGCUGGCCAUUAGGUCUCCCCCCUUUCUGCCUUCCUUGCCGUGGGAUCCCUUGUUUCACUUCUUCCCCUCCAGCGUGCCCCCCUCUCUCCUGCUCUAUCGUUGUUGGACCAGAGGCUGAAGAGGGGGCUGGCUGGAGGUGAAUCUGGGGGUUGGCUUGGAAUCCAUCACUCAGCCCCCAAGUCAAAUCUUAGGAAGCAAGAUCUAAGACCUCUUCAACAGGGUUUUGAGGUGCUCUGCCUCCCCUGUACCCCUUUUUCAGUCUUCAUGGGCACAGUUGGCUGUAGAAGAGGUGGAGCAGGAACCUUUGUCCUGGGAGAGUCGGUCCUCCGCCUCUCAGGCUGUCUUUGUAGUUGGGGAGUUCCACUGGGCGGUCCCAGCCCCUCCCCACCCUCUAUUGGACCUCCUCAUAGACGCCCCAUUUCACUUUUGUUUUAUCUACCUCUUAGCAAGACAAUAGAGAUAAAUUAGGUAGUGGCAACUCCACUUGCUUAGGUUAGGGGGGGGAAAAAGAUUUCUUUUUCCAAAGGAAAAAAAAAAAAAAUAUUACCUUAAAAAUACUUUCCAAAAAAUUUUAAAAACCAAAAAAAAAAAAAUUAAAAAAAAGAGACAUUUUCCAGUGACCACUGGAUUGUUUUAAUUCCCCAAACUUUUCUUUUUUUCCCCCAUAAAUAAGUCUCACUUUUGGGCGAUUUUUUCCACUUGUUGAAGAUAAUGGGCUGUUCAGACAGGUACAGCUUUCACAGUCUGCCCCAGCCUUGUCCCCACCCUCGCCCCAUUCAGGCCCCGCUACCUUCCAGCCAGGGGACUUCAGUCACCCUUACCAAGAAGUAAGGCUUUGUGUCGGGAUGUUAAGUCUUGACUCACUGUUCCCCUUUUUAGGGAGCUGGGGGCCACCUAUAACGUUCCUGUGUUCGUUUUAUAUAACCCUCAUCUGUGUAAAGGUGUUCAAAAUGAAUUUCAGCAGAUAAUGAGUUAGCCUAAGGAAUAAAUUAACUCUACCACCAUUUGCAUUCUCCCCUUUCUCCAGCAUCUUGAUCCUGGUCUCAGAAGCCAGCACAAGUCAAAUGCAUUCCCCUCCCCUGAGGCAAAGCAGGUGGUCUUCAGUCCUGAGUUGUCAAGUACUCUCAGGACAGGGAAAAAUGUUAUUUUUAUGAACGGGAAUUGUGGUGGGGGUGAGGGGCUUGUGAUGAUGCUAUAUGCCCCCUUCUGUAAUUGCAGCCACUUUGAAAAUUGUACUUUGCUGGAAAUCCUCCAGCCGCCACCACUCGGUGUCAAUGUCCCCUCACUCCAGUCUGCUGUCUGGGGGAGGCGGGCGGCUGGCUCCGACUUCGGGAGUUUCUUUUGCUGGAUGAGCACUCCAGCUUUUUUUCCCGGGAAGGUUGUUUCAACCACAAACCACUUCAUUUCUGUUUGAAUUUCAAAAUAAAAGGAAACUUCUAUUGAAAGUCGAGUGUGUCUGUGUCUCGGGGUGUUCUGGGUCCGGGAGCUGGGAUGCACAGACCUUCUGGGACUCAAUCUCCAUCAUGAGAGCUCUAGCUCCCAGGGAGCUGAGUCACACAGGUGCAAAGGAGGCAAUUUUUUACCCUUAGGGACAGAAACAAGGUGACACUUCAAUGGGACCUUGCUCCUAAUUUCCAUGAUGCAUUAGGGCCUCCACUCUAAAAGACACAAGAUGGCGGUGCAGGGGGUGGCAAUUGGUACGGGAAUGGUGAGGGUGAGUGGUUCUGGUGGAUACCUGACCUGAGAAGAGCCCU